AUGGCGUGCUUCGGCCUUAGCAACCUCGUUGCUCUCCUCGGCAUCCUCUCUGUCGCUCCGACAGCCACGUUAGGUGCAGCUGUUACCGUUGCACCUCAAGCAAGCAGUGACGGUAUCUGCUACAAGUAUGUUGUUCAGGCUGGCGAAACCUGUUCUACGAUUGCUCAAGCACACUCUAUCACCACGGCCGAUAUCGAAACCUAUAAUGCUCGAUCCUGGGCAUGGUCUGAAUGCGGACAGAUACCGCAAGGUACUUUCAUCUGCCUUAGUGCUGGAGAGCCUAUGAUGCCAGUUGCGCUUCCAAAUGCUAUUUGUGGCCCCCAGGUUCCUGGAGCAAUGCGCCCUGCUAACUGGUCCGAGCUGGGGUCUUUGAAUCCGUGUGCGGCUAAUAAAUGUUGCUCUUCUUGGGGUCUUUGUGGAACCACUUCGGAUUUUUGUACUUCUGUGGCUUAUGCCACUAUACCAUCAUCUAUAUCCACCGGCACCCAUUCCACUGAAUGGACAACAUCGAAACAGACAACCGCAUCUACUAGCACUAGCACAAGCAAAUCUGUUCAGAAACCUGUGACUAGUAGCAAGACAUCAUCUAUUAGCAACACCAUAUCGACCAGUACAAUCAAGUCUACCCCUAAAGCUACAUCAACCACCACGACCACUAGGACUACAUCCACCAGCAAAACCGCAUCGACGACGAAGUCAAACGAAUCAUCCCAAACAAAAUCAAGCACUAGCACCAGCCAAGCCCCAACUGUUAGUCUAUGGUCACUCACAAUGUACAGCAAGAAAGACUGCACUGGUGACUACUACGUACUCCAAGGACACAAUGUGGGUUACUUGAAUACUUCCUGUCUGAACCUGCACGGAGGUCUGAGUAGCAAGUACACAGACACGGGUGUUUUCUGCAAAUGGUUUACAAACGGUGGCGACUCUAACACUAAUUGUGAUGCCGGCACCCUUGAGUCGCCCCAAUCCUGGAUAGUUCAGGGAGGUCUCUGCACUGUAUCCAAUGCUAAAGACUGCAAUCAUGCUGGUGGGUACGAUAAUUCUUAUGGGAUUGACCUCAAGUACGUCAAGUCUUGUCGGAAUCGGGGCAAAUUUGAUACACCGAAGUUCCUCUCUAUGGAGUGUUACAUACCUGAAUAA